GAUGAAAAAGAAAGUUUAGGUGAAAAGGAAUAAGAAAGAAAUAAUGAAAAAGGUAAAACCUGAGUUUGACAGUGCUGACUAAUUGUCACGAAUAGAACUUUAUAAAAGACUUGAUCAAAAUAACCCUUUGAAUUAAGGAAUGCGACCUUAUGAAGGUUUUAAUGGACCCAAAAGUACUGUGAUUAACUAAAUUAAGAGGAGAGAUCGAUGACUGAUAGAUUGUGUUUGUUUUUCUUGAUUGUAUUCUUUUGUGCAACAGUGUUCCAUGGAAUAGUACUGAUUAGUUAUGGGAACAUAAAUAGAAUAUCAAAUGGUUAUGAUUUUCGAGAUGAGAUAUGUGGGUUAAAUGGUUUGAUUAAUCUACCUUAUCUAUAUUAUCUAUAACCUUCAGUAGAUUUAAACGUAGCCAUGUGUGUGAAUGAGUGUCCUUCAUCAACAGGUAAAUAUACUUGUCUGUAUUCAAUUGAUCAUUUUACUACAACUAACUUCUGCUAUGUUCAAAUGAGUUCAACUAAAAUGGCAAGAUAUUGUAUUCCAAAAGAACCUGUGAGUAGAAAAAUAGUAGAUGAUUAUUUGAGUUAAACUGAACCUUAUAUCAAGCGUACUAUGUCUGAUAUUUUAUUAAGUCUUGAUUUGAUAAUAGCAUCUAUCAUUUUAUUAGGUGCAUCAGCUUAUUUUUUAACUUAUCUUUUGAGUUUCCCAUCUAUAGUAAAAUAUUAAGUGUGGGGAUAGAUUUGGUUGAGUAUAAUUUGUUUUGGAGUACUCUCUUAUUUAUUUUAUAGAGAAUAUGAGAGAGUAAUUGAUACUAGAUGUCUCUAUAAAAUUGAUAAACAUUAAUGUGGAGGAGAUAGAGCAACAUUAUUUUAUUUAGCAUGGAUAGCAACUGCUGGAGUAGGAUUACUAUUUCUAUUUAAUAUCAUGAAAUUAUUCAAUAAAAUCAAUUUGGGAAUCAGUUUAAUUAAGACAUCUUCUUAAAUUGUAGUUGUUCUAAAAUAAUUACGAUUUUUUGCAAUCUUUGUAGCUUUUGUUGGAUUUGUUUAAUUAGGAUAUUCCUGUAUAGUUAUAUUAUAUGGUAUGACUAUUGGAGAAAGAUCUACAGUUUAAGCACUCAAUAUUAAUGGAGAUGCCGUCAAAAUAUUUACAACUACUUAAAUUUAUUAAUUAUCAUUACCAUUUUAGGCUUUUAUGAUAUUGUUCUUUUUAUUAUUUGUGAUGAGUGUUAAUGAAAUGUUCAAUAGUUAUGCUUUAAGUGUAUGGUUUUUCACUAAAAGAAAGGAUGUGGUCUAGAUUCCACUAUUAGUUGUAUUAAGAGAAUUAUUGUUACAUCAUCUUGGAUCUUGUGUAUAUGCAGUCUUUAUGGAGAUAUUCUUUUUUGUACCUAAAUGGAUAUUCUACACAAUCUAUUAUUUUCUAAGUAGUUUACCAUAAGAUUCAAUGAUUGUUAGAUUUAUUUAAGGAUGUUGUCUUUGUUGUUUAGCAUGUUAUCAAAAUUGUUUAAGAUAUUUAAGCAAACAUGCUUUAGUUUAAGUGGCCAUAUGGUCUGAAGGUUAUACUUAAUCAUCUAGAAAGGCAUACUUUUUAUUAGAUAGACAUAAAGAAAAGAUUCAUGAUUUAGAUUUUCUCAUUGAAUUUAUACUCUUUCUAUUAAAAUUGUCAAAUAGUCUUGUUAUUAGUUUACCUAUUUAUAUAUACCUUUCAGUAUGUGAAACUACUCUUUUGGGAAUAAAAGUGGCAGAUAUUGAAAGUCCAUUGAUACCUACAUUAUUUGUAUUCUUAAUUGGAUUCUUUUAUGUUUCAGUAUUUCAAGUAAGUUAUGAUAUCACUACAAAAUCUGUUAUAUAAUUAUAUUUAGUAGAUAGAGAAAUGUUUUAUGGUGAAUAAAGAUUUGUUGAAGAUUUUAUUCAAAAAUUUAUGGAAUUCUAUGGGAAAAAAGAAGCUGAUUAAUUAAAAAUAAAGAGUAACGCCUAGAGGAAGUAUAAUGCUCAAAUAGUUCCUGAAAAUAUCAAUAAAGAAUUGGAUGAACCUAGUUAUUAAUCAGAAGAACAAGAAGAUGAAGAUGAAGAUGAAGAAUAAGAAGAGGAAUUUGAAGAUAUAAAUUUAUAAGAUGAUAAUUCAAGUCCUGAUCUUGGAAAUAAUUAUAAUGGUAAGAAUAAAACAAAUGCACAUCAUAUUGUUGCUGAUCCAUUUUAAUUAGAUGAUGUAAGUGAUAGCAGAUCUUAGACUUAAUGGAAGAGCGGUACGAAUUUUAAUAAAUGAAUUAUAAAGAUUAUUAAUUAUGUAAUUAGAAAAAGAUAGCAAACAGUCUUAUUUAUACUAGUUACCGUUACAAAAGACUUGGGUAUUAUGGUUAGCACUUGGUCUAGCUUGCUUUCUUUUAUUUGGAGAUGCUUAUGCUUUUGAUAAUCCAAUGGCUUUGUAAUCAACUAUUCAAACUGAGAUGAACCUUAACAAUGUAUAAUUCAAUAUGCUUUAUUCAAUAUAUUCUGCUCCAAACAUCAUUUUGCCAUUUUUUGGAGGCAUCCUUAUAGACAAGAUAGGUGUGAGAAUAAGUAUAUUGAUAUUCUCGUCUAUACUUAUUUUGGGCUAGAGUAUUGUAGUUAUUGGUGGAUAUACAUUAUCAUAUGGGACAAUGUUGGCUGGCAGAUGUAUUUUUGGCAUUGGCUCUGAAAGUCUGAAUGCAGCAUAAGCAGCCAUAAUGUCAUAAUGGUUUUAAGGAGGGUAAGUCAGUUUAGCCUUGGGUUUGUGUUUAUCAAUACCAAAAUUGGGAAGUGCAUUAAACAGUUUAGUUAGUCCAUAGAUUUAAGCAAAUCAUGGUGAAUUAGGUUUUACAUUUUUGGUUGGACUUUUUAUAGUAAUAUUUUCAUGGGGAUGUGGAUUAGUUUUAAUCUUUUUAGACAAAAAAAAUGAAUAAUUGAUGGCAAAAUGGAAAGAGUUCAAUCCAGAAUAAGAGAAUAAUGAACAUAAGGAAGUAUUAUCUGCAGCUUAGGAAAUGAGUUUAUAGAUUAGAAAAAGCGAAUCUACUGAAAGUGAAAGAUCAAUAUCAUUGUUAGAAGAGGAAGAUGAUGAUAAUGAUGAUGAUGAAAAAGAAGAGGAAGCAGUACAUGAAGCAAAAGAAGAGAUUAAGUUAUCAGAUUUGAAACAUUUAGAUGGUUCUUAUUGGAUAUUGUCAUGCAUUAUAAUGUUGAGUGAAGCACUCUUUGUUCCCUUUUUAGAUAAUGGAAAUGCAUUCUUUUAAGUCAAAUUUGGGUUUAGUUAAUAAUCAGCUGGUGUUUUAUUAACAAUUCCCUAUGUAUUUGCAGCAUGUGUGACUCCUUUUGUAGGCAUCUAUAGUGAUAAAAUCAGAUAACGUUCAUUAUUGAUAGUUCUCACUACAGUUAUUUUUAUCAUCACUCAUUUGUGUCUUCUCCUUAUUUAUUGUGAUGUAACCUUCUAUACCUAUUCAAUAUUAGUCCGCUUGUGGAGUAUCAGCGUUACCUUUAUUGUCAUUAGGAAUUUGUUAUUCUUUUUAUUCUGCCAUUUUGAUUCCAUCAAUUCCUUUAGUAGUCAAAUCAUAAAUGAUAGGUAUUCUUUAAAUAUAUAUUAAUAGGAACGGCAUUUGGGUUAUUGGGAGUGAUGUAGAAUACAGCUUUAGCAUUGUUUCCUCUAAUUACUGGAAGUUUAUAUAAUAGUCAUUUAAUUAAUGAAGAAGGCCAAGUUGAUCCAUUUUAAGGGUAAUAUAAUGUAAUUCCUAUGAUUUAGAUAUGUUUAUCAGUCUUAUUUCUUUGUUGGAGUCAGUUGUUUUAAUUUUGUGAUUGCUAUUAGUUUAUAUGUAUUUGAUAAAAAUGGAAGCAAGAAAUUAAGUAGAUUAAAGUCUAAGAGUAAAUGA